GUGGCUGUACCUCCCUGCUAGUCAGGAUUGUUUACGAGGACACGUUUAUAUCAUCUAUUACCAACAUUGGGUUGCAAUCCUAUCGUCACACUCAACGGAUCUGGCGCAAUCUGUGGAAGGCCAUGGCAUCAUCUCAGUCAUCCUCGGUAUUGAGUGGUGUUCCCCCUGCUGCUGGGCCUGAGCAAAGCCAGGAGACCCCGGUUCCACAGCUUGAUACUCUCAUAUCUCAUCUCGUUGCGGCCAAACGAUCUUUGUCAUCAAUCAGCCAUGUAUGGCGUGCCAAUGAGAUCGUCACAGCCGCCCGCUCAGCGCUUGAACAAAGCGUUGUUGUCUCUGCGCGGACGGGUUUCCUCCGCCGUGGACUCAACAAUCAGCUGCGGCUUCUCUAUAAUGUUCGGACGGAGGUCGAGGAGAUUUCUGUCCGAGGCCGGUCAGAGUUUUCAGAUGUACUGAAGAGUCUUGAUGCUGCCGAUGUACGACUAAGAAAAACGUUGGAUUUAUUAAGGGAAACGAUUGUUCAAGCUUCGUUUCGACCUGAGGGUGAAGAGCCCAAAAGUCUGCACGAUUUUGUGGACGAGCGUGUCUUAGAAGAGCUUAAUGCAACCCUGAAAAGGUCAAUAGAUCGGACAAAUGCAGCACAAGGAGAGCUGGAUGUCUCAAACUCUGCCUUCGAUGAGGAACUUCGCUCAAUCAAGGAGGCUUUGGGCAAUUACCGAGCUGCUACAAAGUUAGCAUCUUCCAGGUCCCCUUCGUCUUCAUCCACCUCCUCGGUCUCAAAUUCCAGUUUGCCUUCAAUGUCGUCAAUACCUUCCAUGCUGCAUUCUUUGGAGAUGCAUGCGCAGGAAAUGGCGAACCUUUUAGAGUCUCUGGUCCGACACUUUGACCUUUGUGUUACAGCUGUCAAGCACACAGAGGGUGGGGGAGCGGCUGCACAAUCCAUCACCGGGGAUAUGCACACCGGAGUAAGUGCCAGCGGCCGAGUUGGUCCCAACAUUGAAGAGGAGAUCAAUGCCAAUUUGAAUGCUCCUCUUGAUCCUCUAAGUAAUUCGGAAUACCAAGAGAUGGUGAAUGUUCUGAUCAAGGAUUCAGCCGAGGCAGAAGACGUUGUGGUAGAGAUUCAAGACCGCAUCAGAGACAUGGAGUCUGUCUUGGAGAACAUCCUGGCACAGCGGGAUACUUCGCUCUCUGUCUAUCACGCCACGACUGAUGUGUUUCAGCACCUAUCAUCUCUUGCCUCUACGCGUUUGCCAGGAUACAUAGCACAGGCGCAUAACUUCACCCGCGUGUGGAGCGAGGAGCAUGAUCGUAUCAGUGAAGGUUUGGCAAAUCUUUCAGCUCUAUACUCUCUGUACGAUGGGUUUUUAGAUGCCUACGAUGGCCUCCUUCUCGAAGUCUCUCGUCGGAGGCAUGUUAGACAGCGUGUGGAGAAGGUGCUUCGUGAAACCAGACACAAGCUUGAUCAGUUGUAUGAAGAGGAUGUUAGUGCCCGUGAAACGUUCCGCGUGGAACAGGGUGACUUUCUGCCAUCUGACAUCUGGCCUGGAAUUGGCCGAGAGCCGAUGCGGGUCGAGUUUCGGCGCAUCUCUGGUGGUAACCUCAAGGGUGCCUCUGAGCAGAAUCCCGAUCAAGAGGAGGCCGUAGCAGGUGAACCCAAAGAAGGGUCCCAUAAUAUUCAACCUCCAGAAGAGAACACUGAUGUCGGUGAAGUCAUUCCUGAUUUGCCUCGGCAGGUGGUCGAACAGGCUUUUGCUCGUCUCAAAUCCCGAGCUAAAAAUGUCCCUUAACUCUGGAUUGGAUCGGGUUCCCUCCCAGUCUCAUGAAUGUAUGAAUUUUACGAUACUUACCUUUUAGCUGAAGCAUGAAAUUGGAUUCGUUUUCACAUCUAUCCUCCCUGGACUAUCGCGUACAUCUCUCAAAGGUCUUGCCAUGACCAACAUUUUGAGAUUUGUCUACCUGCUUCUUCUUUUCUU